AUGGCGGACAAGUCAGGAGGAGACCAAUCACCGGAGAAGAUCGAGUCUUUACAAGAGCAAAGCGGCGAUAGAGAACCUCCAGAUCCUCAAAUUAAUGGCACUACUGAAGAGGAGCCUGCGAGGGGAGUGCAGCCUCCAGCAUCGGGCAGCUCUAAAAAGAAGAAAAAGAAGAAAAAAGGAAAGAGCGAUGGAGGAAGUAGUGAGGUUCUUUCAUCGGAAUCUUUAACUUCUUCGGUUGCAAUGAACUUACAGAAUCUUCGACAGCUUCAGAAUUUACAGAAGAGCUUUGAGCUUCUGAGAGCUGGCGAGGCAAAAGCACCGAAGACAACAGAGGAGGCCUUAAGAAAGAAAUAUCAAUUUUGGGAUACCCAACCUGUGCCAAAGUUAGGUGGGGUUUGUUUCGACUUGCAUACUUUGUCAUUAAUUAUCAAAAUAAUUGGUUUUAAUAUUUAUAGUCUAUGUGCACGCGACGAAUUGAAAACUAAGAGACAACAAUUUUCGCGUUCUUUUUAUUAAGUCUACAUAGUUUUCUCUUUAGAGAUAUUUAUAUUUACUGGUUAUGUUUUCAGCUUGAAUUCCAUCAAAUGUUGAUGAGGUUGUGUCUCGGUUCUUAGUCUUUUGGUCUUGAAUUUUAUGUACUUCAGUUUUAAACAAGUGUAUCUUUAAAAUCAUUUUUAAGAUCAUUUUCGUUCAAAUCGUCUUCGGUGAAUGGCAAAAUGUGACUGAUCACUUGACUGUUAUACUGAUAUUGACAUUGUUGCUUCUGUGGUGAACAAUUUUAAGCUUGUAUUUGGUUUCAUUUAAAUCUCCCUUUGUUUUUGUGUAUGACAAUAAUUUGAUAUUAUAAUGGGUUCUAAUUAAAAGAAACAUAAAAAGUGAACAAAAGGUAAAACCGAACAGCGACAUAAGCAUUUUUUUUACCAUGCUUUUUCUUUAGUUAGUCAAAUUCCUAAAUAUUAAGCAUUAAGUGUGCCAUUCUAUGAUAGGUAAAAAAAAUUAAAAAUCAUUAUGCAUGUUUUUUAUCUGAAUAGUUUAUUUCCGCUGAUAAUCCAACAGGGUGCUCCAAACUCAAAUAAUUUGUAAGACCAGUUCCCAGACAAAACUUGGUCACUCUUAAAAAAGGACACUGUUUUUAUUAUGUGAAGUGGUUUGACUUAAUCCUAAAGAGUGCCCAAAAAUGCAAUCAGAAAACAGCCAACAUUUCCUGACACCACCACAGGUUUCACCAAGAAAUGACAUCUGCGGAACGAUUGAAGAAAUUCCAUACUGAUGAUGUGUCACUACCAAGAUCUGCGUAGUGCUUCUGAUUGCUUGAAGCAGAUUUUCAGUCAGUAAGAAGCACUGCCCAGCUGUGGUAAGGGGGGGGUUGGGUAGCUGACAUUUCCUGAUACCACCACUGGUUUCCUCUCUUUCUCAAGUUUCCUCUCAAAGCUUCACACACAGGACACACAGGCAUGCAGGAGUAAAAGGGGUGGAUUAUAAAGACAAUAGAGCAAAACCAUUUCCUUAUAAAACAAAUUCAGUUAUAAUAUUUUACAGUAUAUGUUUAGCAAAGGAAGCUUUUUUUGGUGUCUUUAUGAACCAUUGUUCAAUAUUGUAGCUACACUUCUUUAUGGAAAAUAAUUCAUUGUACCAUUGUACAAAUGUGUUUGUUAUUCUCUAACUCUUCAGAUGAGGAAGUGAGCGAAUGUGGGUGUAUUGAAGAGAACAAACCAAUUGAGGAGCUGAGAAGUGAACCUUACACCCUCCCACAAGGCUUUGUCUGGGACACUCUGGAUAUAAGCAAUGAGAAAGUGGUAUGUUGAAAUUUACUGCCGGAGCAAAUUGUAGUGCAAUGAACUCAACUGGAACCAUUUAAUUCACAAUCACAGCAAAGGAGUGUGACUUUGCUGUGAAAGCUUUUUUUUGUCCUGUUGAGUUUAGUUGGUUGGGCUAUAAAGCCUGUUUUCCAUAAAAUAUUAUCAUGGUGACAAUCUGUACUGAAAAAAGGUUCAGCAAAUGAUUCUUGAAAGCAUUAAUAAUUAUGGAAACCAGCUUUGCAACAGAUGCAAAUUGUAAUAAUAUUGUCCUUUGACGCUAACCGUGAAUACCUCUUUUAGUGUUGUUGAUCAAGUGAAGAGAUUUAAGCUCUAACAAUAAAAUUAAUGGUAGCCAUAGAGUCUUGAUAAGAACUGUUUAAAUAGCAAGACCAGUUGGUUUCAGAAAUCUAAGAUGAUUUUGUUCGUCAGUUGCUUGUGUGGUUGCAAGCAAAAGAAAGUGACUUUGUUCCUGGAAUGCGUUGUUAGAGGAAGUAACCAAUUAGAAGUGUAGCAUUUUGAUCCAUUAUGCUUGAAUUUGGGUGUUCUUUUGUUAGCAGUAAGCGAUAGACACUAACUGAACGCAUGCACAUUUGCGUUAGGACGACAUUUGAUAAAACGUCAUAAUGGUUUUUAACCAGUAAUCCCUUUGAAAAUGCAUAAGCAAGUCAACAAUAAAGGCGAGUCUAAUUUUGAUUUUAGCACAAAUCAUGAGACUCAGUUAGUGGAGUGAAGUUCAUGAGGUGGUAGUGUAUUAAUAUUCUUGACCAAAAUCCACUGAUGUCUAUGUUGCAGGUCAAAAUUAAAUUCGGGAUAAAAUUUUUUAACCUAGGUUGAUUCUCUAUUUCCUUUGUCUCCUAGCCCUGAUUUAUGAAUUAACCCUUUAGGUUCCAAGAGUGUCCAACAUCAAUUUUUUCCUAACAACAUCAGCAGAUCAACAAGAGUAAAGAGGUUAUGAGAAUUACUAAAUUGAUGACCAAAGGGAGAAUACUUUGAUCUUAAACCAAAUUCUCUCAACUAUUCUUAAAAGAAAUGUAUGGAGAUCGGUCUGGAGAAUUUGUAUUUGGAUCUUGGGGCUUAUAUUAAAGGGAUAAUUAAGGUUACGAGACAAAGGAAAAUAGAGAAUCAACCUACAGUUAAAAAAUUUCAUCCUGAAUUUAAUUUUGAUAUGUACAUGUAACAUCUAUACCAUUACCUUAUUCUGCAUGUACUUUAACACCAAGGGCAUACUAUUGACACACUAUCAGAGUACUAGUUGGGCAAGGCUUCUCCUAAAAUGGCCACCAGCUAUAAAAGCAGAUAGCAAUACAGUGUUUGAUGUAACUUCUUAAAACUGGAACCAGUGAUGAUUAAUGAUUAUUAUUAUUGAAAGAACCAUUCAAAAAAAAUAAUGUUGUCAAAGCUUUAUUUGAGCUGAUAAUGAAGGGUAGACAACUAGGUGAUGUUUAGACACUGAAGUGACAGUAUCUAGAGCUUUUAUAGUAGUCACUGGUAUUAUUUAAGUAUGAAAUAAAUAAACAAAACUUGUCGAUUUCCUCGAUAUAUGUAACGAUUUACUUUUGAUACACCUUCUACUACUGUUAUACAAAUCUAAACUGAUAAGGGGUCUUAAAGAAAACACCAUUCAAAUAACAGAAUGUUUGACAAAUUACAUUAAUGAAAUUCAGAACUGGUAAAUGAGAUGAACUUUUUUCAAAGAGCCAUAUAUUGGUCAAUUUGGUGACCUUUCUUUAAUUUGGUCAUCAAUUUAGAAAAGUUAAAGGCAUUUAGGGUCUGUAUUGAGUAGUCAUAAUGUCUGUUAACCCUUUAAGCCCUAAGAGUGAUCAGCAUCAAAUUUCUCCUUGUAAUGAUCACUGCGUUAUAAAACACAGUGGUCAUGAGAAUUGAGGACAUGAUCAUACAAGAUGAAUCUAAUUGAUAGUUCAACAAAUUCUCCCCACUACUUCUAUUGAAAACGUAUAGGGAUAACAAAUAAGAAUUUGAAUUUUGAUGUUAGGGUUUAAAGGGUUUUAAUUUAUUAUUAAUUUAGUCUGACUCACUAAGUGCCAGUGUGUCCUUAAUUUCAUUUUUACCAAUUGCAUGUGCAUACAACAUAAUGUUUUUCUUGCAAUCAAAGUUUUUGUAAGAAUUUUUCAUUUUUUUUUUGUAUUUUAAUAAAUUUUUAUUUUGUCUUACAAUAAAUUCAUGUAUUAUGAUGUUUUACACUCGGUCACUUAUGAACAUGAAAAAAGAUACAAAAAAAUGAAAAGAAAAGAAAACUAGAGUGAUUUUACUUGAUCGGUGAAACAGUUAAUAAUACUUACAAAUAAACCAAAAAAGACUGUAGAAUUAGUUCAUAAUAUAGUCUGUACUAUUCUACUACCUAUUUUGCACACACACAAUUACAUACUGAUAAAAUACUGAUAAGAUUUGUUGAUCCAUCUUUAAAUUUAAAUUUAAGUUAGGUAACAAAUGAUCUUUCAGGGCUCUUAAACCUCCUGGCUGGAAAUCAGAAUGGCACUGUGGUGUGCGUGUCGCAAGUAACAAGAAGCUGGUUGGCUUUAUCAGUGCUAUUCCUGCGCACAUCAGAGUUUACGAACAGUAAGUAGUGACAUCCAGUUAACUGAAUUGUCAUCACUCUAUUCAAAACUCCAAAGUACUUGUAUUAUAUUGUCUCGUAUGUGUACGAAUGUGUUUCUCAUGCACGUGCCACUUGUGAUGGCAUACAUAUGUAGCUCCAGGUAUUGCCUGUGACACUCACUGGCUCUUGAAGACAGUUGUUGGCAGAAUUCAAAAUACUGCAAAAUGGUUUUUACUGUCAAACUCACAAAACCAAAAAACACCUGAAAAAUUUCAGGAAUUUUGGUUGUGUAGUUACCAAUCACAAUUGAUUUUAGGACGCGCAAGCAAACGACGAAACCACAAACUAAUUACCAUUUCUGUUUGCGGUUUAGUUUUCUCACGCCUUAUUGGCUUUCUUUUCGCAACACAACAACAUAAUUUCCAUAAAAUAAUUUCCUGGUUUAAAAUAAUUCAUGGUUUUGUGAGUUUCACAGUAAAGGGUUUUGAAAAGGUAUCUUGUGUUUGGUCUAUGUUGCUGGUAUGCGUGAAAGUAGAAAUAAUUUUCAUUCAAAGUCUGUGAAAAGUAAACCAAUUGCCAGCUUGCUGAAUUUCCUUUGUUGAAAAGAUCUUUUACACAACUUCUUCACUGAGUCCCCCGUCCUCAGAAUCCUCCCCAGAAUCUGAUGGUCACUAAAGAAAUAAAAUAUAAAUUUCCAUUAUUCACCCUUGGCAAUGUAUUUAUAGCAAUUAUUCUAUUGUGGCCAAGCAAAUUCCUGAAACAAAUAAUUCAAAUCAAACUGUAUAGGGUUAAGAAUCCCAACUGGUAGAAGGCAAACCAGUUGGCUAUUUUACAAGACCGUAGUGUUCUCAUCACUGUGCAAUCCCUACCCUCCAGGAAGCAGAUUUAACAGAAUUUCCUGUCCCGUGUACAUUCCAUCUUAAGUCAUUUUUUGUUACCUUUGUCAAGGACUGUCUUGAUGGUUGAAAUUAACUUCCUGUGUGUACACAAGAAGCUACGAUCAAAGAGAGUGGCCCCUGUGCUGAUAAGAGAGAUUACCAGGAGAGUGAACUUGCAGGGCAUCUUCCAGGCUGUUUACACUGCAGGUGUAGUGCUGCCUAAGCCAGUGGCAUGCUGUAGGUAGGUACUCAUGCAUACGAUAUCAUCAUCAUUAAUCUUCUUGACUCAGACUCAAUAUGUGAUGGGCUCUCUAUCUGAAGCACAGUACUUAACAUCUCCUGAUCAGCCAAAAGACUAGCAAGCUCUUCCCUACACUACUCUGCAUCUUCUCAUGAAAUACAAAUGUACAUGUACUGCACCAAGUACGGUAUAUACCGCCUUUGCACACCGUUCAGAAAUCUGUCUGCCAAAUUUCUGAGCUGUAGCUACUGCUGGUAAUAGUAUUAUAGUUGUCAGCCACCAUAUGUUGAGGCAGUAACAUAAAGAGUCAUCCCAGAAGUGAGGGCUGAUGAUGUUAUUUUUUUUUAUCACUGUGUUCAAAAGGUGGUGAUUGAUAUAUUUCUGCUGAAUAGUUUGAACCCAGUGGUCAUUUUGUAAGUAGGCAGUUGAACCAGAGUUUAAUACCAUCAAGUGAUAUGAUACAACUCACCUUGACUUUGAAGAUGGCUACCACACAGGUUGUCAAAAUGUCAGUCACUGUGAACAACAGUCCUAUUCAGGGCUAGUACACUCAUUGGAUGAUCGUGUAUUUCUGUUUACUGUACAAUGUAAAUGAGGUUUGGAUCCACACGCCAUAAUUUACUCCUUAAGCACGAAACUGUACAUAAUGUGUACAUGUAAAUUUCACUCUCCAUUUAGGCGUGAUUUCUGCCAUAGUCUCAGUCCUCCCCUACUCACAGGGGGCGGGGGGGAGGAGGGGGGGAGCACAGGCUCAUUUCCUGGACAUUGGUUGAUAGUUGAGCCUACCCUCAUUCCUUGGACGUUGUGUUCUUAUUUUCUGUUGUUUUUGCCCUUACUCUGUAAAUUGUAGAUACUGGCACAGGUCGCUUAAUCCAAAGAAACUUGUUGAAGUCAAGUUUUCACACCUUAGCCGCAACAUGACUAUGCAGAGGACAGUCAAACUGUACAGAUUACCUGAAGUAAGAAGUUACAAGUGACAUGUUGAGCUCUUGCUUUUACUACUGAAAUCACUAAACUUUUAGCACCUUCCAAAAGACGAUUAUUUGAAUUUUGAAUCACAUGGCUGUUUUGAGUGACUUGUUUGGUCAUGUGACUCUCCCGUAUUUUCGAAAUGCAGUAAUGAUGGUUUGGAGUUCUAAUAAUAAUAAUAAAUAAUAAUAAUUCCAUUAUUUACCCUCGGCAGUGUUUAUAGCACUAAAUUAUGCUAGUGGGGCCGAGAACAUGCCUAAAGCAAACAAUUCAAAUUGAACUUAAGAGGGUUAAGAAUCCCAACCAGCCGGAGACAAUUCCUGGCUAUUUACAAGCAUGGCUGAGGAUUUGAACUUGGGACUACCGUAAACAAAUCCAGCUAGCUGUCAGAGUUGGACUUGAACUCGGGGCCACCAAUUUGCAAGUCCAGCGCUCUAACCAUUUGGCCACUUGGCCCUUUAAUGGAAGUUUUACCAUUAAAUUUUUCUUUUUGCAGAACGAAUUAGACUUUGAAUGGCACUGUCGACUCCCAUUUUUUCAACCAUUAUCUGUUUUCCUUAAUUGUUACAUUGUUGUGUAAAAAAUGACAUUAUUCAAGAAACUGUGUUCUGAAGGGAGCCCGAUGCUCUGAACCUGUUAAAUCCAGCGUUCCCGGAAUAUGGGGAUUUUUAGGGGUAAAAACAACAACAACAAGAUUUUCUAGUCACCCAGUUGCUGCUAGAGCACAGCAUUUGAAGUAUUUUUUUUUUGUAUUAUUGGCAACACACCAGUAAAAACUAAUGCCGAGCAUAAAGAAGUGUUAAGAGUUUGAUGCACCUCGUAUUUUUUUUUAAUUUUGUCUCUCAGAAAACCAAGACUGAAAGAAUUUAUCCUCUUACAACUGAAGACAUGACUGCUGCUUUUGAAAAGAUAACUGAG